AGGAAGUGUCAACAAAAAUGAGGUGGUGUUUUUGAACCCUCGAAGAAAAACACGACAGUCUCUGCACACCUGGAGGACCACAGACAGAGGGCCGCUGUUUUUAAACGCACAUCUUCAGACAGUGCUACUGAAAGGCAUGAAUGACUUUGCAGUUCUCAACACGGGGCGGAAGAUGCCCCUGCUCGGACUGGGAACAUGGAAGAGUGAGCCAGGAAAGGUAAAAAAAGCCGUUGUUUGGGCCUUGGAUUCUGGGUACCGCCACAUUGACUGUGCAGCCAUUUAUGGCAACGAGGCUGAGAUUGGAGAAGCCCUGCAGGAGACACUGGGCCCCAACAAGUCACUGAGGCGAGAAGAUGUGUUCAUCACAUCCAAGCUGUGGAACACCAAACAUCACCCGGAAGACGUGGAGCCGUCCCUGCUGAAGACCCUGAAGGACCUGAAGCUUGAGUACCUGGACCUCUACCUCAUCCACUGGCCCUACGCCUUCCAACGAGGAGAUGCUACUUUCCCCAGGAAAGAGGAUGGCACCAUGCUGUAUGACGACACAGACUUCAAGCUGACCUGGGCUGCCAUGGAGAAGCUGGUGGAGAAGGGUCUCGUCAGAUCCAUCGGCCUGUCCAACUUCAACAGUCGGCAGAUAGAUGAAAUCCUGUCUGUCGCCAGCAUCAAACCUACUGUCCUACAGGUAGAGGGCCACCCCUACCUGGCCCAGGUAGAGCUGCUGGCCCACUGUCGCGACCGAGGCCUGGUGAUGACGGCCUACAGCCCUCUGGGCUCCCCCGACCGGGCCUGGAAACAUCCAGAUGAACCCGUGGUGCUUCAGGAGCCUGUGUUCGCCACCCUCGCAGAGAAAUAUAAAAAGUCCCCAGCUCAGAUUAUUCUGAGGUGGCAGACACAGCGAGGAGUGGUAACAAUCCCCAAGAGUGUGACGGAGUCGCGCAUCAAAGAGAACAUUCAGGUGUUUGACUUUACCCUGGAACCAGAGGAAAUGAAAAGUAUUACAGCGCUGAACAAAGGCUGGCGCUACAUUGUGCCAAUGAUUGAAGUGGACGGAAAGCGAGUUCCUCGGGAUGCAGGACAUCCUCACUACCCUUUCAACGACCCCUACUGAUGACUCGCACUACAACCUAAACUCGUGCCUUCAACUACCCCCAUCAGCUCCACGCCUCAAAACACCACCCUCCCAAAUCACUAGUUACAUGUUCUGGAUCCUGGCUCCAGAAUUUGUCUUUCGUUCAUGUGAAUUGUUGCACGUUAUCAUUUCAAGUUAAUGUUGGUUAUGGAGACUGGAAAAUCUUGACUGUACACAUUAUGUAUGUGUUAUUUUUUAAAUAAACAUUUUGUUACUUCA